AUGGAUACUGGAAACAAUGUUACAGAAUUUGUUCUACUGGGGCUCUCUGAGAAUCCAAAAAUGCAGAAAAUCAUAUUUGUCAUGUUUUUCCUCAUCUACGUCAUCUCUGUGGUAGGAAAUAUGCUCAUCGUGGUCACCAUCAUUGCCACCUCAUUGUCAGCAUCCCCCAUGUACUUUUUCCUGGCAUAUCUCUCCUUUAUUGAUGCCUGCUAUACCUCUGUGAGUACACCUAAAUUGAUUGCAGAUUCAAUGCGUGAAAAGAAGACAAUUCAUUUCAAUGGCUGCAUGACCCAAGUCUUUGCAGACCAUUUCUUAGGAGGCUCUGAGGUCAUCCUCCUCACUGUAAUGGCCUACGACCGCUAUGUGGCCAUCUGCAAGCCCUUACAUUAUACGACCAUCAUGAAUCAACGGGUAUGUGACCUGCUAAUGGGAGUGGUGUGGGUGGGAGGCUUUCUUCAUGGAGCCAUACAGAUCCUGUUCAUAUUCAGACUGCCCUACUGUGGACCUAAUGUCAUAGAUCAUUUUAUGUGUGAUCUGAAUCCUUUGCUCAAUCUUGCCUGCAUGGACACCCACAAGCUAGGACUCUUUGUUGCUGCCAACAGUGGGUUUAUCUGUCUGUUGAACUUCCUCCUCUUGAUGGGCUCCUAUGUGGUGAUCUUGCACUCCCUAAAGAACCAGACCACAGAGGCAAGGCAGAAGGCCCUCUCCACCUGUGUCUCCCACAUCACCGUGGUCAUCAUGUUCUUUGUGCCCUGCAUAAUUGUGUACCUGAGACCUGUAAUGACUCUACCCAUUGAUAAAGCAGUUGCUGUGUUCUAUUCUAUGAUAACACCCAUGUUAAAUCCAUUAAUCUAUACUAUGAGAAAUUCCCAGAUGAAAAAUGCCUUUAGAAAAUUGUUUAGUAGGAAAACAUUUCCAGAUGACAAAUAA